CUGCCUAUGAAGGCAAAACGCAUACACAGCUGUCAUGGCGCUUCGCGCUUUGAAGUCGGAGCACUCUAUUCGACGCUCUCUGGACCUUUGCUUCUCAUGUUCAUGCGAACACAGUUCCGGUUCAUUCGGUUCUUGUCAAUUCCCGAGCUCUAAUAAUUGCUCGGCCGUGUUCUUUUCCUAUUCUCGGCCUCGAGAAUCACGAUGCCGUAUCGUCCAGAGCGCACUUGUCUGUUGGAGCUGGUCUGUCUGUGUGAAAGGUUCAGGCCUUCGUGCUAUCGUGCACAUAGUUGGACUAGCACACACGACCAAUUUCCGUGUCGAGGAUACGCUCAGUGAUCGUGGUACACACGCCAGCAUAUAAGCGGGGGGGGGGGGGUUCGGAUACUCACAGUACGCCCAAUCAUCCUACUUUUCACCCUCACGCUAGACUCGUUCGCAAACUACGAUGGCCCGUCCUCCCAAGCCUAAGCCGCCUCACAAGAUGAUGAUCGCCUUGAACAGCUUGCGCAACACGACGAUAUCCGUAGCCGACAACAAGUUCUACUACGAGGUGGUCACGCGGUACUGGCACCCGAACACAACGAGGAUCAUCAAACACGACUUCGAAACGCGCGAGUUGGAGCCGCUUGCAGAGAUUGAAGGGAUCAGAACCAAAGAGCCAAGGGUCCGUUUUGUCAAUGGGGAAAAGAAUGAGUGGAUGUCUGCGGCCGAUUUCGUGAAACUCGACCAAGAUAAAGUUGGAGGAACAUUCUCCACAGAUGCCGGCGUCGAUUUCCGUUGGAAGAUCCAUAAGGGUCAACUUCAGCUCAUUCGCGCAGAUGAUGCAGAAGAGAAACCUCUGGUCACAUUCCACCCUCAUAGGAGACACUUCUGGGUCUUCCGCAUGUCCAAACACGCGUAUCUGGAGAUCAAACCAGAACCAGAGGUCAUCGAGGCCCUGGACAGACUCGUUGUCAGCUACCUGCUCGUCGAAAGGCAGCGAAGGAACAAGUCGAUCAAAGUCGUCCGAUAUGUCUCUUGAAUCUCACGUCUUUCUUUCUGCCGUCCGUCAGCUGUAUAUCACUAUCGGGUCGAGCUCUCCAAUCCAGUCAUUGCAAAACAUCACUUUCCAAUCGCUCUACUUUCCUCCCGCGCGUGCUAGCUUUCAUCGAGCCCCAUGACAGUCGGCGUGUGCCUAUCCGACCCCUUCAAGACGGCGCGGCGCUCUGGU